CGUCACUGUUCGUAGAAGCUUUCAUUCAUUUGUGUGAAGAUCUCUCUCUCUUUCUUUCUCUCUCUAAAAGGACAAGGUCUCUGCACUUUCUCUCCUCGAAGAGGAGACACAGAGAGAGAGAGAGAGAGAAGAGAAGAGAGUGGCCCAGGAGAUCGCAAUCGCCUUCCUCCCUCCGCACGCCGCGACGAGGAUCUAGACCUCGUUCUCAUGGAGCUGCGCUAGCAGCAGCAGCGGCAGCGGCAGCAGUAGUGACGACCUUGGCCUUUCCGCCUUCUCGGCUUUUCUUUUUUCUUUUUUCUUUUUUCUUUUAUUUCCCCCUGUAGCGAUUGAUUCUUCGAUGCCGUUGCUCGUGAGCUGGAGGAGCUCGGAAUUCCGGUCGGCGUAGGGCGGGGUCGAUGUCCGGUGGUGAUCGAGCUCGCCGGAGUGGUUUUCUGGGAGGUGAGGUGAUUGGAGGAUGUCGAUCUCAGCUGUCAGGGGUGACCGCAGAAGUGCAGUACAAGAGGCAUCCAGCAGGGUACUAUCCAAUGAGAGAUCUAAACGAAGAUUACUACAUCUGUAAUUGGCCUCACUAUCAUCAAGAUAAGGCAUUAUUAAGCAAGCAGUUGUACAAUGGUUUUUGGUCAAGACCUGCUGCAGAUGAAUUCACGGGGUCUGAUAAAGAUGUUGUCAAGCAAACAAUAAUUGAGCAUGAGGCUGUGUUCAAGAAUCAGGUAUACGAGCUUCAUCGGUUGUGCAGAGUCCAAAGGGGUCUCAAGGAUGAAAUCAAAAGGAAGGGACUGCAUAUAGGUCGGAUAGCUCCGGAUACAGAAUCAAGCCCUUUGCCAUUUCGAUUAACAUCUGAAGAUGCUCAGAAAUGGCAUUUUUCCAGCUUGCCUGGUGCGAGUUCAUGUUAUGGGCCAUCUAUUUCAGAUACUAAAGGCAUUCCUUUGAAUUCUCCAGAAGGAAAUAGCACACAAGGAUCUUCUUUUGUGCGUCAACAUGGAAGUGCUUUGAAAUUGAAAGAGGUGUUGGAGUGUAGACCUUCAAAGGUCAGAAGAAAAAUGUUUGAUUUGCAACUUCCGGCUGAUCAAUACAUUGACGAUGAAGAAUUAGAGCAGAUCGAGAAUGAAAAUGGAUCAUUGUCUAGUGAUAUUCCUUGUCAAGGUUCUAGGAUUGUUGCUGGGAGUUCUGUAAGCUUAUCUCAUGGUGGAUAUGCUGGCAACUACACAGAUUCCGCCAGAUCAGAUUUACACAUAAACAGUCGAAAUGUGGCUGACCUGAAUGAACCUAUACAGGUUGAAGACAUGGAUGCUUCUGCAUCUUUUGCUCAUGCAGGCCAUUUCUUCUCUGAAAGGGAAAUGCGCAGCCAGGAGUUUUUUAUGAAAGCGAAGCCAAAGAUUCUAGGUUUUCUUGAUCAAAAGGCUCCAAACUCCAUUUGUCAAAGUAGCAGUGGAAGUUCAAAUGCACAUGUCAACAUCAAGAAUGAUGGAGGGCUGUCCUUCCAUGUUCUUAAACAAGGGCAGGACAAGGUUGACCUUCAACCUGUUUCUCAGACCCUCCAGUGGGAGAAGUUUUGCUCGUCAUCCCAGCCAGUGCAAUCUUCAUUCAAGAAAAGUUGCAAUAGUCCAGCAUAUCUUUUGACAGAUCAAGCCAUGAUAGGACACAGCAGAGAGAGGACAAAAUGUGGACUAGUAAUUUCUGAAAGUUCCAAGAAUUCAGAAUCGGUCUUUGCUUCUGAUUCAAGAAACUUCAGGUGCUCUGGUUCUUCUGACAAUUUGAGUAAUAGUUUGAGCCAGAAGUCAAUGGUUGAAGGGCUUCCGAGUUUAGAUUCAUAUAGGACUCCCAGGAAAGAUUCUCAACCUGCAGCUCAGAGCCAUGGAUCAUUUGGUAGCAGGUGGCUUGAUAGCAGUGCUAGUCUGAGUUCAGGUUAUCAGAAUUUGCCUACUCAAAAUGGAUUCCCUUACGAACUUUCUUCGAGAUCUGAGAAAGCAUCUGUUUGCAUACCAGUGAUCAACCACGGCAAUCAUAGCCAUGCCAGUAGAUAUGUAGCCUCUGAGCAAUUAAACACUAGGAAAUACAUAACUUCAAAUUGUGCGAUUGUGGACUCUGAGAGAGAGAUAAAGCGAAAUUCGGUGCUUUCAAGUGGUUCAUUUCGCAAGUCGACAUCACCACAGGGUGUGGCGAUAAAAAAUAGAGAGAGUACACAGCAUGAAACUCUUCUGGUACCUCAUUGGCUUAGAGUUAUGCCAGCUCAUGAGAGGGAGAAAAAUUCUGGAAUAGACUCGAAUCAUAGAGAGAUGAGUUUUGUUCAGUCAUCUUCUAGUUAUCUGAGCAGCAAAGUUGAUGCUGGAAAUGGCCCGAGCCAAACAUUUGCUCAGUGCGCGGAAUCUUUCUCACCUUUGUGUAAAGUGGAGUCCAAGAGGAUGGAAAUAGGUGAAGAUCCUGAUAGAAAGAUUUUUGGCUUUCCUAUCUUUGCAAGCCCUCCUACUUCCAAGAAUGCGUUCUCUCCCCUUGCCUCUCCAUCUAUAUCCAUCAGUCAGGAGUCCAAGUGUGAAGUCAUAGAUCAUAAGAGGGAAGUAAGAAUGUUUGAUAUUAACUUGCCCUGUGAUCCCAUUUCUGAAUGGAGUGAAGUGGCUGCUGAGGAAACUCUGGACCUAGAGAAGGAAUCUAGUACCAAAAACGCUUACUUGAAACAUGAAUUUGAUCUAAACUCCUGUGUUCUUGACGAUGAAACUUCCACGACGCCAUCCGUCCCAAGUGUCGUUGGAAAGGUUAUUGUGGAAAUAGACUUGGAAGCUCCACCUGUUCUUGAGACCGAGGAGGAUAGUUUCCAGGGAGAAGAAAUUCCUGGGAAGCCACUGGAAACAUCUGUACCAUUGCCUCAGAAAGAAACCGAGCAAUCUUUGGAUAAUCUAGGCAAAAUGGCAGCAGAGGCAAUAGUUGCCAUCUCAACUGUUGCUGUCAGCAAUUGUUUGGACAGCAUUGUUCAGGAUUCACCAGAAGAAGCUUCUCUAGACUGCCUUGACUGGUUUGCUGGUAUAGUUGCCUCUUUUGAAGACCAUAGUUCUUGGACCAGGUCUGGAGCUGCUCCAAGAGAUUGUAAAGAACAGAAUGUUGAAGAAUCUACAUCAGAAAAUCUUGAUUACUUUGAGUCCAUGACGCUGAGACAGGUAGAGAUGGGGGAGGAUGAAUACCUUCCCAAACCACUGAUCCCUGAGACUCCAUGUGCAGAAGAUGUAGUAGUCACCCCAGCAUCAACUCGGCCUCAAAGGGGACAGGCUAGACGAGGGAGGCAGCGGCGAGAUUUCCAAAGGGACAUCCUUCCAGGCCUCGUUUCACUUUCGAGGCAUGAGGUGACGGAAGAUCUUCAAACUUUUGGAGGGCUUAUGCGAGCGAUGGGUUAUUCGUGGCAUACAGGAUCAACGAGGAGGAACUCCGGUAGAAAUGUUUCCUCAAGAGGGAGGCCACGGUUAGCAAGUGGGUCCCCUACUGCAGCGUCGGACGCCACAUGCAGUCCAACGAUGCACCAGAAAAAUACUGUUGAACUGGGACUCGAAGAUAGAACCCCAACAGUAUGGGGGAAUACACCAAGACGGCCCCGGAGGCAAAGGUGCCCAGCAGGCAAUCCUCCAUUACACGUGCCCUCAACAUAAUCUGGGACUCGGGACAAUCUUUCAAGUGCUGGUGAUGGCAGGUUUUGGGUUCAAUUCCAUACAGACUCGCCAGAUUUAAACAAUGUCGACUGCUAUCAGCUUCCAUCGAUGGAUGCUUCAUCAUAAUUCAUAGUCGCUAAGCACUUUGGCAAGCCUCAAUAUUUCCUUCUGCACCAGAAAAUGAGACAAGACGAGUCUUCUUCUCUACCGAGCGUGGAUAGAAAUUGAUGUUGGUGUGAAAAUCGGGUCAAGAUUCUCGGCCUAGAAAGUUCAUCUACUUAGAGAAGUCGGCAUGUAUUUUAUAAAUGACACCAUAUCAAUGUGAUAAAUCAACGCAUUGACUCUAUUGGAUACUCCGAGUUCCAACCAUUCAGAUUUGACA